AAAAAUAGAACAGGAUCUUUAAAAUGCUAAAGGUAGUAUUUGAAAGCCACAAAAGUAUUUUGGCGCGGGCAUUUUUGAUUGUUUGUUGGCACUUCACGAAGUGAUAGAAUAAAUUGGUGCUUACUUGGAAAAUACAGAAUUAUGUUUUCAAAGUCGAAAACAAAGCGUUUUCAAGAUGAAGUAUCUUGUGCACCACCGGUUGGUAGCUAUAAUAUUUCCGAAAAUAAAGCAUCAAAGUUUGCCAGUUUUCCAAAAUCUAUGCGAUGGAAAGAGACAAAAGAUACUGGUUCUAAUGUUAAUUGUACUGGUAAUAAUUCUAGCGCCUCAUCCAUUCAUUCUUUCAACAAGUCUAUCCUACCUAAAACACAUUCUUCAUGCAAAAAGAUAACACCAAUCAUGAGUUUACUUGGCAAUGACACUGAUAGUUGCAGAAAAUCUCUUGAAGCAGAUAUUGAAUUUCAAGAAAGUAAGGUUAAUUCAUUGCUGGAGAAAAUAAAAUCACUGGAAUUACAAAUGGAUGAAACAAAAAAGCAUGCUGUUGACAUAGAAGACAGUAAUACAAAACUUCAUGAAAUAUUGGAUAAAUUACGUGCUGAGAAGUUCUCCUUGCAAACAAAAAACCAACAAGUGGAAGAACAAUUCUUGAAAGUGAAUGCAGAAUUAAAAAUAUUAGAGUCUUCACGGAGAAACGAUACUGAAAAUACUGCCACACUAGAGAAGCGUUUGAUGGAAACAAAACAGAUGCAUGAGCAGAAAUGCCAAGAACUUGAGGAGCGACUUCGUCUGUCUCAAGAUCUAAAUUGUGAUUUCAGAGUACAGCUGGAAAGCAUUGAACAAUCAAUGACAGAAAACUUGCGAGACCUGUCUGUAAAAUAUGAAUGUCUGGAACAAACACUUGAAAAUGUACAAACUGAUUAUAAAGGGCGGCUGGAAAGAUCAAAUUCUUUACUUGAUAAGACAAAAGAGGCUUAUGAGAGUAGUAAAAUUGAUGCUGAUACAAUGAAUCAAGUGUAUGCACAACUUAGAGAAGAUUACAACUGCUUAGAAGUGAACAGUAAAAGAGUUGAAAAACAAUUAGCUGGGACAGAAGUAGAAUUGCUGGAAAAGAAGAAACUUGAGACCAGCUUGUUACAAAGUUUAAAAUUAGCAGAAGAAUCCAAAACGAAGCUUGAAAAGGAUUUCAUGGAAACGAUAAACUCAUAUAAUAAAAAGAUUGAAAAAGAAAAUAAAAAAUAUUUAGAAGAGCUAGCACAAUCAAGAAAUGAAAAACAAGAUCUGUCAAGUAAAUUAGAGGAGAAGCAGGAAUUGGUAGAACGUUGUGAAAAUCUUAAUGAAAGCCUUCAAAAACAAGUUGAUACUUUGCGUGCAGAAAAUGUACAGUUGAACGAAAAACUUGCUUUAGAACAAAAAUCAAAUAAUGAAAAAGAACAGGAAUUCAACAGAGAGAAGUUAGAGAUGAAAACGGAAUAUCGAAAAAUACAAGAUGAAAUAGGCAGGCAAUUAAUUGAAACCCAGAUAAAACUGAACAAAGCUGAAGAAAAAUGUGCGAGUGAGACAGACGAAGCAAAGUACAAAGAAAUGAUCGAAGAACUCACUCUAUGGAAAAAUAAAUACGAAGAAUUGGAAAAUAAAGUUUCACCAUUUAUGGCGCAACUGGAUCAGUAUGAAUUGGAGAAGCAGAGCCUACUGAAUGAAAAUUCGUUUACUCAAAAAGAAAUAAAUAAGCUGUCCGAAAAAUAUGCUCAGAUUCUUGGACAUCAAAAUAAUAAACAAAAGAUUCAUCAUGUGAGAAAGUUAAAGGAAGAGAAUUUGAAAUUGAAAGCGGAUGUGAUGCAGUUAAAAGCUGCUACUUCAAAAGAUAGGCUCAAGAUAAGUCAGUUAGAAAAUCAAAUAUAUCCUAAAAAAAUCGACACAUCGAAAGCUUUCAAACAUGCAGACAAAGAGAAUGCGCGACAACCUUUGAAGCCAACUAAUUCGUGAUCCUGGCACAAAAAACAGUGUAGGCACAAAAAACACUGACGCAUGCGUAUUUGCAAACAUGUAUAUACUAAAGGUAGAUACUCGUUUGCGAUAAGAAUGUGAGAAGAAUCACAGUGUUUAUAUGAAUUGUUUAAAGACAAUAUAAUGAAAUUUGUAAGUUCGUAGUCUAAGAGUAUCUUGUGAAUAAUUUUAUUUCCUGCGUGUGUGAAUAAGUUUUAUUUCCUGCGUGCUGUGAGAUAACAUUUUUUAUGACGGCCAUAUUUUUGAUGCCAACUCUCUCUCCUGAUUUCGGAUAUCAACGAAUGAAGCAGUUCACUCUUAUAAAAGUAAUCUUUCAGAUAGACUUUUGCGUCAUUUAAAAUGCUUGAUAUUGGCAAGGUGUUCUGUUAAUAACAUAAAUAUGAUUUUCUUCUUAGCAACAAAGAAUCACGUUUCUCUUUUAAAAUCUUUCUUUGCUUUUACUUUGUAGCACGCCUUUUAUAACGAUGUAAGGACUGAAUGGAACUUUGAUAUUUUUAAUUUGAUCUUAGUAAAUAAACCUUGCCGACAUACUUAAGCAGUUCUUUUAAGGAAAAUUUUCCGUAGCCUCAGUUCAUCGAUUAGAAACCAAUCGCUCAAUUCGUUAAAUUUUAUUGGCGCUAAAUUUUAAAGGAAUCCCGAGGUGAAGAGUUUCUUUAACGACGUUAUUAAUAUUUAUUUUAUUAAAAUAUAUUUUACGCAUCUAUAAAAUCUUUUUCAAGUGCUGUAAACCAUAUUUUUUUUCUGUACCGUUUAGUUUAAACGCGCAGUGAAAUUAAAUAUUGCAGAUAAACAGAUAU